GGCGGUGCGUGAACGCGCGGCGGCAGCAAUGGCCGCUCUGGAGCGGCGGGUGCCGAGUCUCGAUGACUUCGCGGGACAGAGCUGGAGCUCGUGGGUGGAACGGGCCGACCUGCCCGCGGCCGACGGCCCCUGGGUGCCUUUGGUGAUCGCGCUGGCAGCCCCCCUCUCCUGAUCUUUGUGUCCUGGGCCCCAGGGAGCACCUGGCCUCGUGGCCUUUGAGGUGACAGCAGGCAUCACGCCCCUGAAGAAGUUUGCAAGGGCUGAGCUGGAGGAGACGAACAAAAGCACGAAGAAGUUGGAUGCCAUGACCCUCAUUAAAGAAGACAUGUCCAUCUUCGGGCACUGCCCGGCCUACGACGACUUCUAUCUGGUUGUGUGUAACCACUGCAGCCAAGUGGUGAAGCCUCAAGCUUUCCAGAAGCACUGCGAAAGAAGACAUGGGCCCCUCAGCAAGCUUUACGCCCGGGCCCCACCCCCACCUCCAGCCCCUGCCAGCUCUCAGAAAUGCCAUGUAGUGAAUGGGCAGGGCCCCGCUUGUAGGGCCCCAGGUUCCACCAAAACCUCCUCCAGGGAGAAGGGCCAGGGGUCCCGGAGCCGUGGCCACCCACCACCCGAGAAGAGCCAGAAGGACAACCUCUGCCUGUUCGUGCCUGUGGUGAAUCUGGAGAAGAUGUCUGGUCUCCCCAAGCCCGACGGCCCCGGAGUCAGGGUGGCCCCGCCCUCCGCCUUCCUCAGCCAGCCCGGCAACCUCACCAAGGACGCCCCUGGGAAGCCCCCCGUGGCGCCCCCUCCUAAGGAACUUCCUGGCAGAGAGAGCAUCAAGACACCCCCCGGCGAGGGCCCCGGUCACCGGGCUGACGGCAGCCCCCCUGAAAAGGAGCCUGGUGGGGCCAGGCCGCCCCCUAAGACCCACCGGAAAAUGGCCCGGAAGGAGUGUGACCUCAACAGGCAGUGUGGGGUAAUAAACCCAGAGACCAAAAAGAUCUGCACCCGCCUGCUGACCUGCAAGAUCCACUCGGUGCACCAGCGCCGGGAGGUCCAGGGCCGGGCUAAGGACUUUGACGUGCUGGUGGCAGAGCUGAAGGCCAACUCCCGCAAAGGGGAGUCCCCGAAGGAGAAGAGCCCGGGGCGCAAGGAGCCGGCUCCCGAGCGCCCCUCCCAGGAGCCCCCCUCCUCAGCCCCGGUUGUGGCAGCGGCGGUUGCUCCCAGCAGCACCUUCUCUGCUCGUGCCAAGCAGACCUAUCCCUACUGUGCGCUGCCCAGGUCCCGGGCCUCCUCUGAGAGUGAGUUGGAUGAUGAAGGCCCCUGUGGUGGUGAUGGGGACCCAGGCCUGUUCCCCUUCCCCCUGCCCCGGGGUGGGGCCCAGGCCUCCAGCGAAGAGAGUGAGGAGGAGGGGACAUCUGAUGACCUCCACCUCCCCCCUGACUGCCAUUAUGCCACCCGGCCCCCCAGGCCACAGGCGUUCUGCACCUUUGGGAGCCGGCUGGUGAGUCCAGGGUGCUACGUGUUCAGCCGCAGGCUGGACCGCUUCUGCUCGGCGCUGAGCUCCAUGCUGGAAAGGCACCUCAGCUCACACAUGUGGAAGAAGAUCCCACCGGCAGCCGAGCCUCCAUCCCACCUUGCCAGCUCCCCGCUCCCUGCUCCCCCGAGCCCAGCCUCUAUGGGCAGCUGCCCCCACCUUCCGGGCCCACCCCCCAGACCUGCUUGCCCAGCUUCCACGCCCCCCACCAAGGACAGCCUGGGCCCCAGCUACCCUGCCGGCUCCCCCAGUGUGGCAGCCGCCUGCAGCCAGGCGGAGUGCAUGGGCGGGAGCCAGGCCAUCACCUCGCCACUGCCUGCCAACACGCCCUCGCCGUCCUUCAGCAAGCUCCCGCCUUCCAAGGCCAGCAAGUCGUCCAAAGGCAAGGACGGGCCCGAAGUGGAGGCGCCUUCCCGAAAGCGAAAGUUGUCCCCCGGCCCCGCGACUUUCAAACGGACCUGCAUCCUGGAGCCCCCGGGCAAAGGCAAACCCUCCGGCUGCCGGGGCCUCUCGGCCAAGACUACGACCGCGCUGGGCGCGGGGCUCAACGGGACGGUGGGGCCCAGAGUGAAGCGGGCAGGGCCCCUGGACUGUCGGGGCUCCCCUCAUCAGCCGCCCACACCGGUCAAGGCUUCUCAGCUGGACAGCCAGGGCGCGGCCGGCCACCCAGCCAGGGCCCUGCCGAGCAGCUGCCUCUCCGAGGAGGAGGCGGCCAAGAAGCGGAAAAACCUGGCCACGUACUGCCGGCCAGUGAAGGCCAAGCACUGCCCGGCGGGCCCCCCCGACGCGGCCUGCUCCGUGCGCCGCAAGAAGCCGGGGCCCGCCCUGGCCUUUGAGGAGAAGUGUUCUGCGCUGAAGUCAAAAGCCCAUUAACGAGAAAGUGCCUGCCCACUGCGAUGGAGCCGCCAGCACCUCCUCCCCUCCAGAUCCGGGCCCCAGGCUGCUGCCGCUUUUUAUAACUUUAUAUUAUUUUUUUUAAGAAAAAAAGAAAAACCUCUUUAAAAUACCUCAA